GUUUGUUGUUUCAACAUCAUUCAGUCAGUGGGAGGAAUAGCAGCUCCACUUUACCUCAGACAUGAAGGAGUAAUAUAAUUUAUUUUAAUUUUCAUUUUUAUUUUUAACGUUACACCAUUUCUGUGUCCGCGCAUGCCGUAAUGUACAGAAGGAGAAUCUUGUGCGGAAGGAAAACAUACAUGUUGCGGGAGUAUUUCGGCGGAGAAAGGAAAGCCAAGCUGGCUAACUUUUGCUAGCUAGCAAGCUAAUCCGUUAGCAGCGCAUCUUAUUGAGCUAGCUGAACUAAGCUAAGCUAAAAUCCUGAGGAUGCUGCGGUGGAUACGGCAACAGCUGGGUUUUGACCCACCGCAUCAAAGUGACACCAGAACCGUUUACAUCGCAAACCGCUUCCCUCAGCACGGACAUUACAUUCCACAGAGGUUUGCGGAUAACAGAAUCAUCUCCUCCAAGUACACCAUAUGGAACUUCAUUCCCAAAAAUCUGUUUGAACAGUUCAGAAGGAUAGCCAAUUUUUAUUUCCUCAUCAUCUUCCUUGUCCAGUUAAUGAUAGACACACCAACUUCCCCAGUGACAAGCGGACUUCCCUUGUUUUUUGUCAUUACUGUAACUGCCAUUAAACAGGGCUACGAGGACUGGCUGAGACACAAAGCCGAUAAUGAAGUAAACGGUGCUCCGGUAUUUGUGGUGCGCAGUGGCAGUUUGGUGCAGACUCGCUCCAAGAAUAUACGAGUCGGAGACAUAGUGCGAGUAGCGAAAGACGAGACGUUUCCGGCUGAUCUGGUGCUGUUGUCUUCAGAACGAGCAGAGGGGACGUGUCACAUCACAACGACUAGUUUAGAUGGAGAGACAAAUCUGAAGAUUCACUAUGCAGUGCCGGAGACGGCUGUGUCCCAAUCCGUGUCCCAACUCGAGGCCCUGCAGGCUGUGGUGGAGUGCCAGCAGCCUGAGCCUGAUUUAUACAGAUUUGUUGGGAGAAUCACAGUAACACAAUACGGGGAAGAGAUUGUCAGACCUCUAGGACCAGAAAACCUCCUACUUCGAGGAGCACGACUGAAAAACACCAAAGAGAUCUACGGUGUGGCCGUGUACACAGGCAUGGAGUCCAAGAUGGCUCUGAAUUACAAGUGCAAGUCCCAGAAACGCUCAGCAGUGGAGAAGUCGAUGAACACGUUUCUCAUCAUCUAUCUGGUUAUCCUGCUUUUCGAGGCUGUCCUCAGUACCAUUUUGAAAUACGCCUGGCAAGCGGAGGAGAAAUGGGACGAGCCGUUCUACAAUCAGAAGACGGAGACGGAACGCAACAGCAGCAAGAUUUUGCAGUUCAUCUCCGAUUUCUUGGCCUUCCUGGUUCUGUACAACUUCAUAAUCCCCAUUUCGCUGUACGUCACUGUGGAGAUGCAGAAGUUUCUGGGUUCCUUCUUCAUCGGCUGGGACCUCGACCUCUACCAUGAGGAGAGUGACCAGAAAGCCCAGGUCAACACCUCUGACCUCAACGAGGAGCUGGGGCAGGUGGAGUACGUUUUUACUGACAAGACAGGAACGUUGACCGAAAAUGAGAUGCAGUUUCGUGAAUGCUCCAUCAACGGUGUCAAAUACCAAGAGAUCAACAGCAGACUGGUCCCUGAGGGAAUGACGGAGGACGUCCUAGACGCAGGCUCUGUUUCUCACCUGAGCAGGGAAGAGGAGCUGUUCCUGAAAGCAGUCUCUCUGUGCCACACAGUUCAGAUCAGUUAUGAUCAGGCAGACGGCGUGUCCGAUCCAUUCUCACACGCGAACGGAUUCACGUGUCAGAUGGAGUACUACGCCUCGUCUCCUGAUGAGAAAGCCCUGGUGGAAGCCACCAAGAGGAUGGGCAUCGCCUUCGCAGGAAGUAAUGGAGAAAACAUGGAGAUCAAAACAUUCGGCAAAUCAGAAAAGUAUAAACUUCUUCAUGUGUUAGAGUUUGACCCAAACCGAAGGCGCAUGAGUGUGAUAUUACAGACUCCAUCAGGGGAGAAAGUGUUGUUCACUAAAGGAGCCGAGUCCUCUAUUCUUCCCUACACCAAGAGUGGAGAGAUCGAGAAGACCAGAGUACACGUGGACGAAUUCGCUCUGAAGGGUUUGAGGACACUGGUGGUGGCCUACAGGCUCUUCAGUGCGGAGGAGUAUAAGGAAGUGGAUAAGCGGAUACAAGAGGCUCGAACGGCUCUACAGCAGAGAGAAGAAAGGCUCAUUGAUGCCUUUAACUUCAUCGAGAAAGACCUGAAGUUGCUCGGAGCCACUGGAGUGGAAGACAAGCUGCAGGAGAAGGUCCAGGAGACGAUUGAGGCUCUGCGAUUGGCUGGAAUUAAAGUGUGGGUGCUAACGGGAGAUAAACAUGAGACAGCGGUCAGCGUGAGUCUCUCCUGUGGCCACUUUCACCGUACAAUGAACAUCCUGGAACUUGUGCAGCAGAAAUCUGAUCACGAGUGUGCAGAGCAGCUCCGCAGACUCGCACGCAGGAUCAAAGAGGACCAUGUGAUCCAGCACGGGUUGGUGGUGGAUGGUGCAAGUCUGUCUCUGGCUCUGCGUGAACAUGAGAAGCUCUUCAUGGAAGUGUGUAAGAACUGCUCUGCUGUGAUCUGCUGCAGGAUGGCACCACUGCAGAAAGCCAAGGUGGUUCGCUUGCUGAAGACGUCCCCAGAGAAACCCAUAACAUUAGCCAUUGGAGAUGGAGCCAAUGAUGUCAGUAUGAUCCAGGAGGCCCAUGUAGGAAUAGGUAUCAUGGGGAAAGAGGGAAGACAAGCUGUCCGAAACAGUGACUAUGCAAUCGCUAGGUUUAAAUUCCUCGCCAAGUUACUGCUCGUCCAUGGACACUUCUACUACAUUCGAAUAGCAACCCUUGUGCAGUACUUUUUCUACAAGAAUGUGUGCUUUAUCACACCGCAGUUUUUAUACCAGUUCUUCUGUCUGUUUUCACAACAAACGCUGUAUGACAGUGUGUAUCUCACGCUGUACAACAUCUGCUUCACCUCCCUCCCCAUCCUGGUGUACAGUCUCUUUGAACAGCUGGUUCAUCCUCACAUUCUACAGAGCAAGCCAGCACUUUACAGAGAUAUCAGUAAGAACUCACUGCUGUCCUUCAAAACCUUUUUGUAUUGGACGAUCCUGGGCUUCUGCCACGCCUUUGUCUUCUUCUUUGGCUGCUACAUCCUGAUGGGAGAGGACACAAGUCUAAUGGGAAAUGGACAGAUUUUGCGAGCUAACAGGCAGCUGAUGUUUGGAAACUGGACUUUCGGUACAUUGGUGUUCACCGUCAUGGUCAUUACAGUAACCUUAAAGUUGGCGCUGGAGACACACUUCUGGACAUGGAUGAACCAUUUUGUCACGUGGGGCUCCAUCGCUUUCUACUUCAUAUUCUCCUUGUUUUAUGGGGGAAUUAUAUGGCCAUUUCUCCACACGCAGGACAUGUAUUUCGUCUUUGUCCAGCUGUUGUCCAGCGGCUCAGCCUGGUUCGCCAUCAUCGUCAUCGUCAUCACCUGCCUGUUCCCCGAUGUCAUCAAGAAAGUGUUUUACAGACACCUACAUCCCACCAGCACACAGAAGUCUCAGUGUAACGAGGCGUACCAAGGCAUUGCCUGUAUGGACUCGGUGUCUUGUUUCCCAGAAGGCCGUGGUAUCUGUGGCUUUCUGGAGCGACUGAAGCGAGCCAACAGAUCGUGGAGUGACUCAGAUCCGUUCUCCUCCAACGACCACAGCGUUUUGACUCUCUCUCCUGUGGAAGCCUCUCACUGCUAGUUUAUAAAGAAGUCGUCAUCGUCAUCAUAAUGAGGGAAAACAUUUUGACCACAGAAGAAUUGUGAAAUCUUUUUUUUGUUGUUUUUUUCGAAUUGUAUGCACCUCAAUCAGAACAGACUGUCCUUCCUGAGGAAACAUGUCUGAAGCCAUAAAAGUCUCUGUAUUACUCCUGUCCUGUCAUGUAGCAUUAGCUCCAGAGCUCUAGUCCUGAUUCUGACAUCACCUCCUGAAGGAAGCCGACUCAUCAGCUUCAGCUCCAUCCAUCCUUCACCUUAUUUAUGCACUUAUGCUUUAAGUUCUUCCAUGAUCCUCAAUUAAUUACUGUGCACACACUGUGUUCUUAUUAUUUUUCUUCUUUUUGUGUGUGCGUGUGUGUUGUGUGUAUCUUCUGAGUGAGCCUGUAGAGUGUGUGCUCCUCAGAUUUCAGAGGCCUUGGGUUACUAUGGCAACCGUUUUUUAAAGUCACUUUAGAAAUGUGCUUUAUAUCAGAAGGUCAGGAAUAGUUCAGCCAAAAAUAAAAUAAUUUCUUUACUCCAAAUGUCGCAGUUAAAACAUUUUAAUGCACAAAGUUUGCUGCAUAUUUUUUUUGUUGCACUGGAGCUAUAAGGCUAAUGUAUAAUGUAGAUCUACCAUUUUAGCAUUGUGCAUCAAAUAAUUAUUUUUAUUGGGGACACAUUGAUACAGCCACUGGUAUAAGGUGUCAGUCUAAUAACAUGCUCAAAAAAAAAAAACAACUGUUACCAACAUCUCAUACUAUGUGAUAUGUGCUUUGUUUAUGAUGUUGCACUAAUUAAACAUAAAAGUUGGAGAGAAAAAAAUAAAAAUUUGAACCAUUUAAUCUGAAUCACAACUCUGCCUUUAAACUUUAGGCAAUGCCCCUUUAGGAAUCUAACGCCAAACUGUGUUGAGAGAGAAUACAAGUCAGGAUUUUGCGCUACAACUAUAUUUAGCUCGUUGAUGAUAACCGUGCCAGAAACUCGUAUCUAUUAGCGUUCGUUAUUUAUAUAGUUUAAUUGUAGCUCCAGCACAAAACUAGACAAGCAAACGUGUCUUGGCUGGUUACGUCCUGGUUGAUUUUGGCUGAGUUUUUUCCUUUAAUUUGGGAUUUUCUCAGUGAAAGCACCAACUGAAGACUUUCAGUCCUGUUCUACAUAUUUAUAAGGGUAAUAAAUUGAUAAAUCCUAAUAUAUUAAUACAGAGGAAUUAUUGAGAGGUCACAUCUGACAUGAGACUGGAUGUAAAACUGUAGUUUGCUUUUGUUUGUUUGUUUAAUUUUAUGUGGGAUGACUGGAGAGACUGUAGACAUAGACGAGGAAUCGUAAUAAUUUUUCUCUCAGUUACGUAGUUCUUGUUUAGUUCACCACUUUUUAUGUCAGGGAACAUGCCAGGCAUCAUCAACAGCCGACUCGAUUCAUGUUAAUAUAUCCACACUCGGCUGCCAGGUUAUUAGUGACUGUGUUCUAGCUAAUAAACUGAUAGCUCAGUGCGUGUGUGUUCCUCAGAGACAGUAGCAAUAAGAAUCUCUGGACCGAGGACCGUCCACUCCAGCUGUGAGUCCAGAGCUUCAUUUCCAUGGUUUUGCAUUUAAAGUAAAAAAUGUUGAAGUAUGUUACUGUAAUUGUCCUCUCCUGACAGUGAAAGUGUUCAAUUGUUGUUUAUGGACAUUCUAUUUACAGAAAAUAAAGCUGUUUUUAAAGAA